AUGGGUUACUAUCUCGCUGAUGGCAUCUACCCUAAGUGGGCAACGCUUGUCCAAUCAAUCAGACGCCCUCAAAAUGAAGCUGAAGCAUAUUUCACCACCAAACAAGAGGCCUUCCGCAAAGACGUUGAAAUGGCAUUUGGUGUUCUCCAGGCUAGAUGGGCAAUCAUUAGACAACCUGCAAGAGGGUGGAGUUUGGAAAAUUUGUCCAAUAUCAUGCUGGCAUGCAUUAUCCUUCAUAAUAUGAUUGUUGAGGAUGAACGUGCCGAUUACUAUAAUGGCGAGUCUGAUGAUGACGGACCGGAUCCAAAUAGGUCCAGAAGGACUCGAGCUCGCAUCUUAGACGAAGCAAGAGAAAAUUUGGAAAGGGAUCCAAGAUUCGGAAGAAUUACAAUGUCGGAAUAUAUGUCUCGAUACAGAAUGAUACGUUCUCCUGUUGGCAACCGACAUUUACAAGAUGAUCUUGUCCAACACCUCUGGAGUCUGCGAGGUCAAGCACAAUGA